UGUAUGUUUGUUUUUGUUUUUUUCCUCAAAUAAAAAAAAAAACAGGAAAAAAUAUCAAUGAAAUAUGUUGAUUACAGAUACUCAUGUGCGUCUUUGAGUUGAUUGGAAAUGAUCAAAUGCAGAGAAUUAGAGAUUAUGAGGAGCAGAAUGUGCUUCACAAAUCCAGGAGUAUGAAACUGAAUAAAAUGCUCUGCGAAUACUGGGAAAAAAGUUCUUUAUUGGGUGGUUAAUUUUAAUAGAAUAUAAUAAACUGCUUUUAGCUGCUUGGCAAGGGUGAAUAUAAUUUUUAUUAUGUAGAAAACAAAUUGCAUAACUAGUUAAUACAUGGUCUCCUGGUCUCAGUCGCCAGUGGUACAACUGUGGACCACCUGAUGCAUGUUGUGAAAAAAAAAUUCUGAAAAUAUAUUCCAAACCUAUUGACCAAUACUUUUCAGGGAGCCAGGAAAAAUUUGUUCACAAGCUCAACAGUAAGGAUUUUUUUUUUUUUUUUUUUUUUUUAUAUAAAAUCUUUGGUUCAGUCAGCCCAGUACUUCUGUUUACCAUUUAUGUGCUCUCCCACAGAAGAAUUAACCAUUUUUAUGUAUUUACUAUAAGUUAUUUUUGUUUAUACAACUUUUUAUUUUACACUUUUAACAAAACAUUUACACCUGAAAAUUAAUCACCUGCAAUGUCAAUAAAUUAAACACUUUUGCAGGAAAACAAUGGCAUAUGGUACGAAACAAAGUUUUAGUUUUUGCACCUCUUCUAUGUUAGCCAGCUGGAUAACAUUAUCAUGGUAACAAAUCAGCAGUUUGCAACAAUGUUGAAUGUAGUGUUGGGGUAACGCAUUACAAGUAACACGAGUUAUGUAAUCGGAUUACUUUUUUCAAGUAACUAGUAAAGUAACGCAUUACUUUUAAAUUUACAACAAAAUAUCUGCGUUACUUUGUUUUCCCCAAUUUACUGACACCUUUGCUGUCCCCAUGUUGAGAGAAAUCAGGAGUAAGUGAAGAGGCGUUGUGUGCGCUGUGUAAACAUUGUGGUUAUUCUAGACUACUAGUAGACUAAAUGUGAGCAUAAAUUUACUCAUUUACUUAUUCUACUUACCCUAUUCUUCUGUAUUCCAGAAUGGCAGCACAGCUGAAAGGCUUGUUUGUUUGAACUGCGCCCUCUACUGUACAGGCGUGAAUUUGCAUCUCCUUCAGCCUGAGGCUUAUUCAUUUCACUUUUGGUGUGGAAGGGCCUUUAAAUUUGCCAAAAAUAAAACUUUUUUUGUUGUUAUAAAAAUAAACAAACAAAUAGCCCAGCCCAGAUGCAUUACUUUCAAUAAACUGUGUAACGCAAUUAGUUACUUUUAAAACUAAUGCAUUACAAUAUUGCGUUACUCCCUAAAAAAGUAACUUUCCCCAACACUGGUUGAAUGUGACGUUAAUGGGACCAAGUUUUAGCAAGUAAAUAAUAUACUCAAGUGUAGUUUUAUAUUCUGCUUUGUUCAGUGAAAUAGUUCUCAUUCCUUUGGAGAGAUCAUACCAUUUAUGGAACAGCUUUGGCUUUAUAUGAAUAAACUACUACUAAUGGAUGGAUAGACACAUGUUCUGUUGGCUUAUUAGUGACCAUCUUUAUGGCUUCAUUAUUUAUGAUUUUCACCUAUGCCCCAGUAUUAUGUGUUAUAGCCAGCUCUCUAACCAUCUUCAUUUUCACCCUUUUUCUUUCUCGCACAUCUUCUUUGAUUUAAUGCCAUUAUAACUUUCUAAGCUGCCCUAUCAGCCUUAUAAACAGUCCUCUCUCUCUUUUCUGUCUUUGCAACUGUAACUCCCACGCUCUUAAUGUCAUUAACAGGUGCUUGUCCAAAAUAGACCCCUUGCCUAUACGCGCACACGCAAACAUCCAUGGAUCAGCUGACAUACACCCGACUUUAUUUCUCGCACACAUGCAAAACUCACACUGACAUACACUAAAAAAAUUCAAAAUCUAUCCAUGCAUAGAAAACUACUCUAGCUUGGACCAUCUACUCAUGCUUAAGCUUUCAUACAUUAAAAGUAUCUUCAACUUGAUUGCAUGAGCCCCAGUCCCACUUUUCUCCACCCUCUCUUUCUCUUUUUUUUCUCUCUUGCUCUCUUUGCGUCCCUCCUUCUCCUACUCUCUCAGUUGAGUUUCAUGUAUCUAGUCAUCAGAUCUGCACUCACACAGAACAGGUUCUUAAAAAGAGGAAUGCAUCAUCUUUUCACAACUCUAUAAGGCCUCAAUCCAAUGUCUCUCAUCAAGUCGUUCUUUUCAUCUACCCAUUAUUCCCGUCUAGUUUGUUAUCAAACCUUCUCGCGUUUGUAGGCGUCAGUUAAUUCCCACUCUACGUUCUUCAGAAAUGACCCCCUGUCACUUGAAUUUCUUGCACGCCGGAUUCUUUUUAAAUCACAGAACAUUGUAAUUCGCUAUCAUUUCCUGUUCCUUUUUGAGCUUUCUAUUAAUAUACUUCUCUGCAUUCUCGUUAGCUGUCGGUCCAGCUAACUCCAGACUAAUCUCUCUAGUCUCCUGUUUUUUUACUUUAGUUAUUUCUGUUUGUCCCCUUUCUUGACUUUGCCUCUGGGAGUUUUCCUCUCUCAUCUCAAAGCUUUGUGUCCGGCAUGUGGUCCAACUUUUUUUUGCCACAAGAUGAGGAUGGGAGAGUAGGUGGACCUGGCAGUAAGAGCGGGCGUGCAGGUAAACGGCCAAGGCCCCCUCGAAUGAGUGACAGCCAGGAGGGCAAAAUCAAGCUGGCAUUUUUCAUCGCCCUCAUAGGCGUGACUCUGACGGUACUUGGCAUGGGCACCGAGUUCUGGGUGGAGGUAUCCCAGCCAAAACACUUCAGGAACAACCAGACGUGUGAGAUGGCACAUUACGGCCUUUGGAAAUCAUGCAUUCGCACGCUAUGGGUGUCAGAUAUUGACCCGGAGAGAGAGAGCUGUGGACCUGCAGAACUGCCUGGAGAAUCAAACUGCACAUUCUUUAAAUUCUACACUUCUGGAGAGAAUGCUGUCAUAUUUAAGAAAACAACACAAAAAAGUUUGCAUAUAACAGGUGCUAUGUUGGCUUUGUUCAGUUUGUUUCUGAUGGUCAUGGGCUCUCUGUGUAUCACUAUGUCUCUCAGUAAGAGUGUGCCCUUCUUCCUCAAGCCUGCUACCAUCUGCUUCGUCUUCUCAGGUAUCCUGGUCCUGUUGUCCAUCAUUGUUUUCCACCAGUCUGUGCUGGCUUUAUUGGCAAGCGAUCACAGUAUCCCCCUCCAUCACGAGCUGUCCUGGUCAGUGGCUUGUGUUGGCUCGGCUGGGGCCAUUCUCAUUUUUGGAGGGCUUAUGUUCCUGUUGCUUUCCCUCCCCUACAACCCCCUGGACAAAUGUUUUGGUCAGCAGAGCAGUAGUGAUGGUUAGCUGUCAGAAGGACUGCCAGUGAGUUAAGUAGCAGAAGAUCUUUUAUACUCUCAUGCUGCUUGUGGAGAUUAACUGAUGUUAUAAAGGACUCUCAAAAGCUAAUGUUCAUAAUGUUUCGCAAUAACCUGCAUUAGAAUUGCUUAUGAAUAAGAUUAUAGACCCUAAUACACAUACACUGAAUUUCUAUGAUGGCUCUGUACAUAAAAUCAGUGACCAACAGAUCUGUUUACUCUCUUUAAAGGCUUCAUUUACAUAACAUGCUGAACAUUAUGCAUUGUUCAUUUAUCUGCAUUGCUGAUUUGUAUAAGAAACCUGAUUUGAUUAUUUGGUAUAUAUAACUGACUUCUGACUGAUGGUUUCUGCAGGUUGAAAGUGUAAAACCGUUUCUUUUUAAAAAAAAAAAAAAAACAGGCCAUCCUAUCUGCGCUAAAGGCCUGUUCACACCAAGAAUGAUAACUGUAAAUAUAACUAUAAGAUUAGUAUCCACGCUAAUAUGCAUGAUAACAUUCUGCUUAUUAUAUGCCUGCUGCAGUUUUGUCAUCUGCUGCUUUAAAUGCUUGAGAUUUUUAUCAUUCAUCAGCUGGAAAUUUUUUUCUGAAAAUGAUUCCAACAAUAUCGUUCCUCUGUGCACUUCCCUAUUCUCGUAGAAUUAAGGCCUGUUCACAUCAAGAACAAUGACUAUAACUAUAUUAGCAUCCAUACCAACGCAUGAUAAUAUUCUGUUUAUCAUAAACGUUGUGCUGCAGUUUUGUCAUCUGUAGCUUUAAAUGCUCGAGCUCUUUAAAGUCACCAUGAAAUCAAAAUUAAUAAUUCUUUUUUACAGAAUGUUGCAGUGCUUAUUAUAAAUGAUUUAUCCAUGCAUAUCAUUAUUAAAAAAAAAAAAAAUCAUAUGCCCUUAUGUAAUCUUUAAUCAAAAACGUUCACCUCCCCUCCUCUUCGAAAUGACGUCUGUUCUCUUCAUGACAUAUGUUUGAGGCUAAAUAUCAUCCAACUGAUUGCAAACUGACAUUCAGAUCUGCCUCUAUUUAGUUAGCAACACCCAACUUCCUACAAUCCGCCCUACAUUUUUCUCAUUCCAGAAGCCGUUUCACUCAGAUAUACGUCACGAUAGUUGGGUGGAUUCUGAUUGCCUAUAAAUGUCUUUAUCAUUUAUAAUCUGGAAAAUGAUUGUUUUGAAAGUGAUUCCAAUGAUAUCCUUCCUGUGUCGUUACCGUUAAAGCUAGCUUCCCUAUUGUCAUAAAAAUAGAACUUGAAUUAGAAUUAGAAAUGUAUUAAAACUUUAUAGUUAUGGUUAUAGUUAUCACGUUUUUUUUUGAACGGGUCUUUAGAUGGCUUGUGAACCAUCAUAGCCAUGCUGUUUACUAGCAAAACUUGGCAGGUGAGCUUUGUUGGCCAGAAUGAUCUUUAUGGUGAAGCUGGUUGCUAGUUAAAAAGCCUAAUGGGGACAUCAGCACAUUAGCUUUACAACAUAUGCUGGUGACCAGCUACAGUGAUCCCAAAACACUUUUAAAAAUGUGAAAGUAAUUUUUAACAUCUAUUGUUUUAUAAACCUAGCAACUUUAGUUUUUUGCGCCAUCUUUCUUUAAAUUAAAUGCUGCUUGGUUUGAUAUUUUGCUAUAUAAUGCAAUGUUUAUGCAUUUAAAUGUCCAAAUACUUUUUGGGAUAAUUUUAUACUGGCCUAUUCUGCUGGGUUUUCAAUUAACAAAGUAAUCAGCAGAUUAAAUAUCAUAGAUUUCCAGGCAUAGAUUUAAGUUACAUUAUAUAAAUGUAAAAUGAUGCUUAAAGGGUUAGUUCACCCAAAAAUGAAAAUUCUGUCAUUUAUUACUCACCGUCUUGUUGUUCUACACUCGUAAGAUCUUCGUUCAUCUUCUGAACUCAAAUUAAGAUAUUUUUGAUGAAAUCUGAGAGGUUUCUGAUCUCCCUAUAAUGACAUAAUAAAUUUCAAGGCCCGGAAAGAUACUAAAGACAUUGUUAAAAAAGUCCAUUUGACUACAGUGGUUCAACCUUAAAGGGUUAGUUCACCCAAAAAUGAAAAUUCUGUCAUUUAUUACUUA